AUGAAUCUAUGGACAGAUAGCAGUAUAACAAAAACAGCAGCGACAACAAUUACGACUACAGACGAUAACGCGUCGAUGAUGGAGGCCUUUAUGUCAUCCUCUUCCGAUCUGGGUUCUUUUUGGCCCGCUCCGUAUGCUCCAAAUCCUGCUGACCCACCCAAGUCCUCGUCGUACGUGUUGGCGACGGAUUCCACGGCACAGUUUUUCAAUCAAGAAACGCUGCAGCAGCGUUUGUUGGCGUUGAUGGAGGGUGCUCAGGAGAGCUGGACUUACGCGAUUUUCUGGCAAUCGUCGGUGGCUGAAUACGGUGGGCCGUCGCUGCUGGGCUGGGGCGAUGGGUACUAUAAAGGCGAAGAGAAUAAAGUGAAGCGGAAGACGGCGGCGUCACCGGCGGAGCAAGAAAACAGAAAGAAAGUGCUGAGAGAGUUGAAUUCUUUGAUUUCGGGCCCGCAAUCCUCGGUCGAUGAUGCUGUUGAUGAAGAAGUGACUGAUACUGAGUGGUUCUUUCUAAUCUCUAUGGCUCAGUCCUUUGUUAACGGGUCCGGGCUUCCCGGUCAGGCCUCGUACAGCUCGAGCCCAAUCUGGAUAGCUGGUGCGGAUAGGUUGAAUGCUUCUCCCUGCGAGCGGGCCCGCCAGGCUCAGAUCUUUGGGAUCGAGACCAUGGUUUGCAUACCUUCUUCAAACGGCGUCGUGGAGCUUGGUUCGACCGAGGUAAUUGUCCAGAGUUCGGAUCUCAUGAACAAGGUUAGAGUUCUGUUCAAUUUCAAUGGCAUGGAAAUGGGUUCGGUGGCUCCGGCCCCGGGCCGUGGAUCGGCAUCCCGCUCGGGCUCUUGGGCGGCCUUGGCGGAGAAUGACCCUUCAGCCUUAUGGUUAACCGACCCCACGUCCUCCGGUGUUGAAAUGAGGGAUUCUUUGAAUAAUAACAAUACUAAUAUUAAUAACAAUGGUGUGGGGAGUUCAAUCCCUUCGGUUAGUGCUAGUAAGCAAAUUUUGUUUGGGAAUGAAAAUCCUAGUACUAGUACUUUAACAGAGAAUCCGCGCCAGCAGCAGCAGGCACCGGGGGUUUUUCCAAGGGAGUUGAAUUUUUCCGAAUAUGGGUUCGAUGGGGAUAGUGUUAGGAAGGUGACUUGUAAGCCGGAAUCGGGUGAGCUUUUAAAUUUCAGGGAGAGUACAAAAAGGAGUGCAUGUAGUGGUAGUGGAAGUUUGUUUGGUAUUCAAGGGGAGAAUAAUAAUAAUAAUAACAAUAACAAUGUUAGCAACAAGAACAAGAAUAAGAAGACGUCCCCAACCUCAAGGGGGAGUAACGAGGAGGGCACAUUUACUUCAGGUGUGAUUUUGUCCCCUUUGGGUGCUGGGAAGACGAGUAAUGGUGGUGGUGGGGAAUUGGAUCAUUCAGAUCUUGAGACAUCUGUGGUUAAAGAGGCGGAUAGUAGUAGAGUAGUCGACCCUGAGAAACGGCCUAGGAAAAGGGGUAGGAAGCCUGCAAAUGGGAGAGAGGAGCCUUUAAAUCACGUUGAGGCCGAGAGGCAGAGGAGGGAGAAGUUGAACCAGAAGUUUUAUGCACUUAGAGCUGUUGUACCAAACGUGUCCAAGAUGGAUAAGGCUUCACUACUAGGGGAUGCUAUAUCUUAUAUUAGUGAGUUGAAAUCAAAGCUUCAAAAUACAGAGUCGGAUAAGGAAGAAUUGAAGAGCCAAUUGGAGUCGGUGAAGAAGGAUUUAGCAACUAAAGAGCCUCGAGGUUCAGCUCCUCCACCCGAGCAAGAUACCAAAAUGUCAAGCCAUGGCGGUAACAAGAUUGUUGAUGUUGAAGUAGAAGUUAAGAUCAUUGGUUGGGACGCGAUGAUACGGGUUCAAUCUAGUAAGAGUAACCACCCAGCUGCAAGGCUGAUGAUGGCCUUUGAGGAACUAGACCUGGAUGUUCACCAUGCUAGUGUGUCGGUGGUGAACGAUUUGAUGAUCCAGCAAGCCACGGUGAAUAUGGGAAGCCGAUUUUACACAAAAGAACAGCUUAGGGUUGCAUUGACAUCAAAAGUUGCUGAAAAUCGAUAA